AUGCCUUCAAAGAGGUUUCGCUUGGUCAAUUCUGUUGCCGUGGCGAAUAGCGUGGCAAUGGCCGGUUUUGCAUUCAAGGAGAAUGUCUUGAUGAAAGCCAUUUUACCAGAGCACGAGGACGUUGGUCGCAAUAGCGAAUACUUCCGAAACUUAGCUGAAAGCUUGAGCUACAUCAAGGCCGAUGCGAUCGCCGAAAAGCAAGGCUGUCCUGAAUCUUCUGGCUUGGAGUAG